AUGCCUGCUCUCUCACCCGUGCUCGUCCUUGGAGGGACCGGAACCCAGGGCUCUGCCGUCAUCCGCGCCCUCCAGGCUCUCGCUCAGCCUCCCCAAAUCCGCGCCCUCACACGCAACCCGGCGAGUCCGGCGGCGCAGAAACUGAAGGAACAGGGUAUCGAGGUCGUCCAGGGCGACUUGACCGAUCCUGCGAGUCUCGAUGCCGCCCUCGUCGGCGUCCGCUCAGCCUUCCUCGUCACCGCCAUCCCCAGCAAAGGCCAGCCAACCGAAGACCAGCAAGGCCGGAACUUUGUCGACGCAGCCAAGCGCGCCAACCUCCCUUUCCUCGUCUUCUCCUCCGUCGCCAAUGCUACACCCACAAUCGGCAUUCCACACUUCGAGACCAAGGCCAAGAUCGAGGAGGCGCUCAAGGAGAGCGGGUUGAAGCAUGCGGUGGUCGCGCCUGUCGCCUUCAUGGACAACUACCCGAAGCAGAACAACCUUGCUCUCGCCAUGGCGCUCGGGUUCUUCGACGCCGCGCUUCAGGGCAAAAAGAUCCAGCUCAUUUCGGCCGACGACAUCGGCUACGUCGCCGCCGAGAUGCUCAACGACCCAGACCGCUACGCCAACCGCCGCAUCGACCUAGCCGCCGACAACCUCUCCAUGAACGAAGUCCGCACGACCUACGCGCGCGUCUACACCCAAUCCGUCUGGAAGGCCUGGUUCCCCUCUUUAGUCGUCUCCCUCCUCCCGCAUGACUUCAAGAUGAUGAUGCGCUGGUUCCAUGAGGUUGGGUACUCGGCGGAUAUCGAGGCGCUCAGGAAGGAGUUCCCGAGGUUGAAGGGGUUGGAGGAGUGGUUGCGCGAGCGGGUGGCGGACAAGAGUCAGUAG